AUGUUCCGCUCAGCUGCUCUCAUCGCUUUCACUUUCGCGGCCGUUGUUCUCGGUCAGCAAGUCGGCACGUUGACCGCGGAAACCCACCCGACAUUGCAGGUAUCCCAGUGCACUGCAGCCGGUCAAUGUACUACCCAAUCCAAGUCGGUCGUCCUUGACUCCAAUUGGCGUUGGCUCCAUACUACAAGCGGUUCGACGGCAAGUUCUUUGAACUGCUACGAUGGUAAUACUUGGGAUUCUACCCUCUGUUCCAGCCCGACGACCUGCGCCAGCAAUUGCGCUCUCGACGGUGCUGACUACUCCGGCACAUACGGUAUCACUACCUCAGGCAACGCCCUGACUCUCAAGUUCGUGACCAAGGGCCAGUACUCCACCAACAUCGGCUCCCGUGUCUACCUCAUGGACGACGAGACGCACUACAAGAUGUUCAACUUGAAGAACCAGGAGUUCACCUUCGACGUCGACAUGUCGCAGCUACCCUGUGGUUUGAACGGUGCUCUCUACUUCUCUGAGAUGGAAGCCGACGGCGGCAUGUCCAAAAAUACUGGCAACAAGGCCGGUGCUAAAUAUGGAACUGGAUACUGUGACUCACAAUGCCCUCAUGAUAUCAAGUUCAUAAACGGCGAGGCUAACGUCCUUGACUGGGCUGGGUCGCCCAACGACGCGAACGCUGGAACUGGUCGCUACGGCGCGUGUUGCAGUGAGAUGGACAUCUGGGAAGCCAACUCGAUGGCAUCUGCAUACACACCCCAUCCUUGCAGCGUCACUGGCAUCCGUCGCUGCUCUGGAACUGAAUGCGGUGACGGCGACAACAGAUACGGUGGUGUUUGCGACAAAGAUGGUUGCGACUUCAACUCGUUCCGCAUGGGGGACAAGAACUUCCUUGGUAAGGGAAAGACCAUCGAUACCACCAAGAAGAUCACAGUUGUGACACAAUUCAUCACUGACAACGGUUCCGCCACUGGCAAACUCUCUGAGAUCCGCCGUAUUUACGUCCAGAACGGUGUCGUCUACCAGAACUCCAAGACCAACAUCGCCGGCCUCACUGACGCAAACUCUAUCACCGACACCUGGUGCGCUGCCCAGAAGACCACCUUCGGCGACACCAACUCGUUCGCCUCAAAGGGUGGCUUGGCCAAGAUGGGUGAUGCCUUCGCCAACGGCAUGGUCCUGGUCAUGUCCGUCUGGGACGAUCAUGCUGCCAACAUGCUCUGGCUCGACAGCAACUACCCCACAACCAAGAGCGCCUCGACCCCCGGUGUUGCUCGGGGCGAAUGUGCGACCACCUCGGGUGUUCCAGCUGAUGUCGAGUCCCAGUCCCCCAAUGCCCAGGUUACGUUCUCGAACAUCAGAACCGGACCUAUCGGCUCUACUUACACUGGUUCUACUGGUACCCCUAGCGGACCUACCUCCCAGCCUGGCACGGGCACUAGCACAUCCGCUGGCCCAGGGACGACUGCGACCGCACCCAAAUACGCCCAGUGUGGUGGUUAG